UGACAGUUUCCUUCAGAACAAAAAAGUGCAGAAAAUUUUCAUCGCGUUGCUGAACAAAAAAUUUAAAAUCGUAAAUUUCGCAUUUUUUUGUGAAAAACCUUUUUGAUUCUGCACUAAAAUAUCGUUAUCUGAUAAAUCACGCAUCUGAGCAUAGAUUAACACUGUUUUUCCUAGGUUAUAAGUAGGAAUUAGUGUUAAAAAGCCUGUUUUCUAAUUUCAUCAGUGGAAGAAGAAGAAUCCAAACAAAGCGGUGACCAUGGAUGUUGCGAGGCAACUGCUAGACGAGUUGAUGGGUCGGAACCGGAAUCUGGAUCCUUCUGUUAAAACUAAAGAACUGAACUGGGAAGAUGAAGAGUUCUGCACCUAUUUCAUGGUUAAAUUUUGUCCGCAUGAUUUGUUUGUAAAUACGCGAGCAGAUUUAGGACAGUGCGGCAAACUGCAUGACGAAGAGGCCAAGAAAAUGUUCGAUGCGACCAAACCGUGUCGCAAGAAGAUACAGUACGAAGAGGAUUUCCUCCGUUUCUGCACCAACAUGAUCAACGAAGUCGAUCGGAAGAUUGUGAAAGGCCAGCAGAGGCUGCUCCUAAUGAACAGCAAACUGGAGGCUCGCCCGGUAUCGAAGCAGCAGGAGCAGAUUAACACCAUGAACGAAAAGAUCGAAAAGCUGUUGAGGGAGGCCGAGGAAGCCGGAAUUCGAGGCGAUGUUGAUCAGGCACAGAGUUUGAUGCAAAUGAGCGAUCAGCUUAAAGAGGAAAAGGAUGAAUUGAUCAAACAGCAUGAAUCAAACGGAUGGUCUGUUACGGCGGAAUAUGCUGCUUCGCAGGAGAAGCAGAUGGAGGUGUGUCAGGUUUGCGGUGCUUUUCUUAUUGUGGGCGAUGCCCAGCAACGUAUCGACGAUCACCUGACCGGAAAGCAACAUUUAGGUUAUUCAAAAUUGAGGAAGGCCGUUGAGGAGAUGAUGGAAGCUAGGAAGAGACCAUCUCCGCAGCCUGAAGAGCGCCGGCGCGAUGAUCGCCGACGUGAGCGCCGUCGUGAUGAUCGUAGAUCGAGAGAUCGUGACGAUCGAUUCAAGCGGGACGAUAGACGCCGGGAUCGACGAGACCACCGUGAUAGGAAUUACGAGCGUCAUGAAAGACGUGAUCGGGAUCGCGAUUACGACCGGCAGCACAAAAGAACCGACCGUCACCGUAGCAGAAGCCGCAGCCACUAAAUUAGCUGGCGCUUAUUCGUUUGUAUGCCAGCCAUGAUGCUGUUUAUGUUCAUUGGAAGAAGUUUUAGCAGUUCUACAUUCACACCGGCAUAAAAUCGGAUUAAGAGGUAUCCCAAGCUACAGAAAUAAAAUUAUAGACAAUUAAUAAUCUAUCAGCUUUCCACCAGGGAAGUUCCAGUUUACUACAUCGCAGCAAUACCGUUUACUUAAUUCUCAUAGAGUUGAGCAAUAUCAUUAGUUGAGCUGUACUCCAAAAUAUUGUAACCACCAGUAACUCGUAAUCGUUUGCUUACGUAUCAAUUGCAAAAUCAAAUAAUAAUAAUUGUGACAAUAGUGCAUACUCAGACACUCAGACGACACACACCAUUGAGCAUCAACGAAUUUUAACGCCACAGAUACGGAGCCGCUGCUACACGUGUCCCGGAAAGAAUUCUCAACAUCAACAACAAAAAACCGCAGGUAUCGUGCGUUUUUAUCACCCCAUUUCUUUUAGUUUAGGAUUUAAAAAAAAACAAUACAUAAAUGAAUAACAUUCUAAGAUUGUGUAAGGAGAUGUGAAGCUCUAUUGGCAUCCAAUAAGCAGAACACUUCUAUCAGCAAACAAAAACUUAUGCAAUUGUAGUGUAAGGGCAAGCUGGACAUACGGCUGUUGCAACUGAGCUGAAAGAGAUCAUCUUUCUCUCCAAUAUUUUCAAAAUUAUUUCCCAUCCAUAAGUGUUUAUCUUUCUCUAGUGUUUGCGAAAGUCCCUUCCCAAUCGUUAUAUGUUUCGAUGAAUUAUCAUAUCGUAUAUUCAAAAUUACAGCUGUAAAUGAAGCAUUACUUUAAGUUGUAUUCAAUUGAGUCACACCUAAAAAAAGAAAAGUUCGACAGAAAGUAUCAGUAGCAAGAAAUAGAAAAUAGCAUAACGAACAUUGUUAUAGUUCAGCAAAUAUUCUUACUAACAAUAAAACACAUGAACAUAAAAAAAGAUACUUGCUACUCGAAUAUGUAGAGUGUGUGAGAAUUAAAAUCUUCUGUUUUAAUAAAGUACAAUUCACGAUUGGGAAUAAAAGUAA